AUGCUUAAAAUUCACCUUGAAGAGGAGAAUACUCAAAGGCUUGCAGUAGAGACCCAACUUAGGGGAAGCGAUAUUAACACAAGUUGUGCAAGACUCAAAGCUCUACCUGAAGACAAGGGCAAGGCACCAGACCGAUCUGCAGAGUAUGAAGAAUAUGAUGACCUUGUGAUAAAGCUUCAUAAUUGGGAAUGCAUGAUAGGCAAAAAGGAUGAGAUGAUUCAGAACUUAGUCUUGAAGUCAGAUGGUGAGAGGACAAAAAAUUUGUUGAAGGAGACCAAAGCUUGGAGUGAUAAGAACUUGGGGCAUGGACCUUUGAAAUAUUUGGAAAUAGAGGAUUAG